CUGGCUGCAGAGGUGACGGGACUCUUGCUUCGUUGCUCCUCUUACAGCUGCUGACAGCGGUUAGACUUCGAUACACCGUCUCUGGGCGCUGAGCCUGCUGCGAGGAUGCGAGCGCCGGCUGGGCUGGGGACGGGAGCCCCCGUGCUCCCGUGGCUGCUGCUGCUGCUGCUGGUGAUGUCCCACUCAGCCCGCCCAGCCAUCCUGGAGGUGAACGGAAACCUGAACUGUAGGUGCGCAAAGACAACUCCGGACUACAUCAGUCCGAAGAGAUAUGAAAGCAUUGAGAUAAGACCGGUGGGAAGCACCUGCAGACGUACAGAGAUCAUAAUUAAAUUGAAAACCUCAGGGAAGGUGUGCGUGAAUCCUGAGGCCCCUUGGGUAAAGAAACUGCUGAAGCGUAUUGCUAGCACGAAGAAAAAAUAAGUUUCCUGCUAAGGAAGUCGAGACGCUCAGAGCCCCGAGCCGGGCUGGCGGAUGAUGCACAGGCGUGCAAACCUGGCCGCUCCUCACUUUGCCCUCGCUUCCCCCGCUUCCCGAAAGCCCCGUGUCCGGCCCCGGCGGCGGCCGCUGCAGGGAGGGCGGCUCGCUGCUGACCCCAGCCCCGCGGCAGGUUCGUGGGGGUGUUUUCCCCCCCUGCAUUCGGUCCCCGGAUCAGCGUGAAUAUGAACCCUUCGUUUAUUUACUUGCCCGUAGACCGGGAAGCCUUUCUCUGUCAGGGGCUGCUCCCGGUCUCUGUAGGAACGACUUUGCGACUCUUCCCGUGCGAAGCACUCAUCGACAGAGUGUGUGUUUGGGUUUUUUAUUACACAGCGUGGCGUGUCCUGUCCUGAGAGCUCAAGUCAAAUAAAGUUCAGGUUUCUUGGU